CCCGAAGAAGAGAGGAAGAGCAGUUCAUGUUCCAAAUAUGGAUGAAACCACGGAACCGGAGCCGAGUGCCGGUGCCGUUAGCGGACUGACUGCGGCGGUGUGCAGAGCGGGAGAGGAAGCAAGUGUGAUAAAUGAUUAACGCGGAAGGAACUGUAAGAAAAUGUCAGUGAAGUGUCCUCUUUCACCACCUCCUCCUCCUCCUGCCCCUGGUCCUCCUCCACCCGCUCCUCCUCCACCCGCUCCUUCAACUUCAACACGCAAGAAGCUGUAUCAGACCAUAGCCAGCAGCAGGAGUCCUGUAGAGGGGGACAACACAGAGGCGCGUUUACUGCUCAGUCAGAGGGACAGCAGUUUCAGGAAGGACCUGCAGUGGAUUCUGGUGAACACAUACGUGCCGUCUCUCAUCCAAGAUGGUCCACAGUGUGGUCUGGUGGCUCUGUGGAUGGCUGCUCACCUUAGACGGCCAGCACUCAGCAUUGAUAUGGAAACUGUGGUUCAGACGGCACGGAGCAGGGGAUACACAGCACAGGGUGAAAUGUUUUCAGCUAACAACAUGGCCCUCCUGGCAGAAGAGAUCUGUGGCUGUAAGGCUGAACUGCUGUCUGGAGGUUUAAGUGGAAACAACGCUGCAAUCAUCGUCAAACACCUGUGGGAGAGACAGCCUGUGCUCAUCCCAUACGAUGAGGACUAUAACCAUGAGCCAUGUCAGCGCAGCGGCCACAGGGCACACUGGGCAGUUGCCUCAGGUGUUCUCCUCGGUUUGGAUCAGGGAAAUGUUAGUGAAAAGCACCAUCAGACUGAUCCCAGUCUGCCGUGGCUCCACCUGCUUAACGACACCAGUUUCACUUGUCCCGUUGGCAGCUCAGGAUUUCGAGAGGUUUACGUCCUGGCUAAGCAGGGGAAAAGUCUGCGCUACCAGCUGUGGAGCCUGGACAGUUUAGCUCAGAGCAAUGAGCAACUGAGGACUAUGGAUCCACAGAGAGCUGAUGACGGGACACAGUAUGUGGUCCCUGACGGUGGUGUGGAGGCCGGGCUGGCUGGACAGGCGGUGCUGCUCCACACAAGGACACAGGAGCAGUAUAAGAAGUGUGAGUGACCCUGCUCACCAAAAGGACCAUGCUGCAGCGAAAGUGUUGGAUACCAAAAUGCACCUGUGUGUGUGUGUGUGUGUGUGUGUGUGUGUGUGUGUGUGUGUGUAUAUGUGUGUGUGUGUGUGUGUGAGAUCCUACAGUAAAUCACAUUGGACAUACAGUAGGAACAGUCUCUAUCAGGUAUAAAACAAUAUUUUUUAAAUGUGUUCACCUGGGCUUCACAAAAGACUUUAAUACAAUGACGGUAUUGUAUGUUGCACAAUUGGUGUUUCUAACGGUGAGUGUUGAUAUGACAAUAUAUUUAGUGUGAGAUAUUAAUAAAAAGAGAAAAUCAGGAAGCCAUCUCUUGGUAAUAAAAAAGAGUCUUAGAUUGAUCAUAGAUUAUGUUUUCCUCAAAAACAUGAUUUAAAUUUUAGAUGACCUUAUUAUAAUUCCUCAUGAGGUUUCUACUAUUUAUCCAUACCCAUAUAUUGCAAACCAUAUAGCAUUAUAUAAGGUGUGCUCCUUAUAGUUGGGUGGAGUAAUGACAGUGACUUGAUGAUGCAGAGACACAGAUGCGCUCGGGCUGCUACUAACAAUUAUUUUCCAUGAAAGGUUAAUCUGUAUUUAUUAUUUUCCCUGUUAAUCAGGAAAUGUCUGUUAUGUGGAGCAAAGGAACCUGAAAAUAUUCACAUUCAUACCGACUUAAUCCAUUAUCAAAAUAGGUGACAAUAAACUUAGUAAUCAAUUGAAAUCAUUGUUUCAGCCCUUACACUAUUGUAUUUAUUAUGUUGGGGGCAUAGGUUCUGUGUCAGUCCUAUGCACAAUUAUAUUUCCAUGUUUGUGACGGGUUUGAGAUUCGAAAAAAGAGGAAAAACUCAAAACUCUUAAUUUCCAGUUUAUUGCAAUCC